CUCGCGUAGGAGGAUUGCAUUUCUUUGAGAAACGAGCAGUGUCUAGAGCUGUGGCUAAAUAAUAACUGUAAGUUCAUGGGUCAAUACAUCUUCAAGAAAAGUUUCUAGGAAUGGUUGGAAGAAUGAAGGACCCAGACUCAAUAAUCCAAAUUGGUGCAUCAAUACCAGUCAGACCGUUUCUGUCUAGAACCCUGACCUUCUUCUUUGAAAUGGCUUUUCGCUGUCGUUUCAAGCUUCCUUCUAUCGUUGCUUUUGUCCUGUUCGCCUUUGACAUUCAGCUUCAGUUACAAAUCAAUGUCAACCACUGAUGUCUUCUUUGAAGAACACUUGUGUGGAUUAAACAAAAUACAGCUAACAACAAAAGAGUGGAGUUACAUACUUUUUACUUGAUUUAGUUUCAACAUUGAAAGUAAGAAUGACGCGUAGUGUUAAGGAUUUGCGUGAGUUGAUUUGUGUCUCUCGCUUAACAAUGAGAGAUAGUGAUGAUGAAGGUUCUGAUGAUGACCUUUCAAGACCCAUCAGUUCUCUUAGCAUCUUUGGGGAGCCCUCUACAACCAAAGGUUCAUCCAAUGUAACGGAGGCUUUAAAUGGGCUUUCCAUAGCAUCCAGGCCCUCAUAUGUGUCAAAGUCAGUCAGACCCAAGUCACAACAGAGUAAUGGAGCACAGCGGAAGAAACCAACUUCAAGCAGCAGCUUGAACAGCAAUAACAGUAGUAGUCAGGUUCAAAGUUUCAAGACACCGCUCCCUCCACUUGCGUCCAGCAGACCAUCCUCUGGAAGUAGUGUUGAUAGUGACUGCCCUGGUAGUGGUCAGGUCAAAAGUUCUGAUAGUGGUAACUUUGAUGAAAUGUUUCAGUAUAUUGACAGUGACGUUGUUGUUGAGUGGUUAGGACGUGCCAAUUCAAUGGUCUCUGCUCUAGGUUCUUGGUAUAAUACAGGUAACAACUUUGUCACCUUUGCAAACUUUUGGCUUACAGAGUUUCCAGAAGCCCAGAGAUUGGAUCUUAUUCAUAUGGAAGUUGGCAUUCUACAAGAUGAACUAAGUAUUGUGUUUGACAAAGGGUUAAAACAACAGAAAGUGAGUCUAACGGAUUUAGACAGAUUGAUUAGGGCUAUCCUACGUGAAUACCCAGGUAGAAUCUGCAGUGCCAGGGGGACUCAUGUAUUUCUCAAAAUUUUGGAAACAUUGUCCUCUGAACGUACGGAACAGUACAAGAGGUUAUUAACAGAUGUCAAAAUAUCAACUCGCAACCGAGACUAUGCACAGUGGAUGCUUGCUAUUCGAGCCUUCCUUUUGCUCAGUGUGUGGAGUAAUAUUGUAAAUUUCUACCGUCGCUUUAAGAGUGAUGAUCUUGAGAGUGAACCAGCUGAAGCAGGUGCUGAGGACCAAUCAUCCAUAGAUGGGGUGCAACUUCUUACAUAUCAAGCUGUGCAACAUGGUUUUGUUAGUGUACUACAUUACUUGUCAAGUCAAAAUGAGAAGUUGGACCUUGCCGUUGUUGACCAACAAGACCGCUCCCUUGUGUUUGAAGCUGUCAUGCAUAACCAGCCAAGAGUGUUACACUAUUUGUUGAAAAAGGCUUGUCCAGGUCUGGAUGUGAACCGUUCAAGUAGUUCUGGUAAUACACCACUCCAUUCAGCUGCCAAUUGGGGUUUUACCGAAGUGGUCCAGAUUCUUCUGGAUAAGGGCCAAGCUCAGGUCAACUGUGCAAACCCUAAUUGUGACAAUGCUACACCAUUGCAUCUGGCUGUCAUGCAAGGACACACUUCAGUUUGUAGGCUUCUUCUAGAUGCAGGAGCAGAUGCCAAGGCAACAAUGAAUGGCAUUACUCCAACUCAAUUGGCUCAAGAUAUGGGACAUACAGAUAUACUGUUACUGCUAUCCAGGAAACAAAUUGAAGAUGAGGACAUGGAAUCUUGAAUUGCUUCGACAAGUUAGAUACAUUUACAGUCAUUUGACCAUGGAGAAAGGAAAUAGAAAUUGGACAAGAGGAUAUCUUGCAUUAAAUUGUAUAAAAUUAGCUUUUGAACUGUGUCAUUAUCGUCCAGGUAUUGCUCUAUGAAGAGGAAAUUAUUCCAAUCAGGAUAAUAUUAUAUCCCAAUCUGGGUAUUGUGGUUGAUAUUUUUACAUAAAGAGUUACUGAUUGGGGACUAUUGUUAUUGGAUUGAGGGUUCGAAUCAGGAUAAUAUUAUAUCCCAAUCCGGGUAUUGUGGUUGAUAUUACAAGUUAUCACACAAGCGCCAGUGGAAUAUGGAAAAAUAUAGCACUUCCUAGUCCCAUAUCCAGGCAAUCGGCCUCGUUGGAUCUGUGUUGCAGCUGCGCUUUAAUUUUUUGUAUUCCACGAGCGCGCGUGUUAUAACAAAUUUAUCUUCCAGUCUCACGUGCAACGCGCAAAGUUUAAAAUUUCAGAACGUUAUUUCGCGCCGAAAAUCGUGCACUUGCACCAAGUUUAGAUGGUAAUUUGUGCACUGUCCAUAUAUGGAGCGUGAUGCAUUGACACUCACAAUACGCACUGCAAUAAAAACUCUGGAAGUAGAAUAUAGGUUUUUAUACCACCCCUCCAGUUCAAGCAUCUGAUCUGAUUAGCGCGUAUUGGAACACAUAACAUAAAGAGUUACUGAUUGGCGAAUUUUGUUCUUGGAUUGAGGGUUCCAAUCAGGAUAAGGUUAUAUCACGUGGUGACAAUACACUUUCAGCCUUUCAACACUCACAAUGUCACUUUUUGUAACAAAUAUUACCUUUUUGUAGUUUGACAAAGCUUUCUUGCAUUCACCCAGAAGUAAAUUGUUUAAUUCAUAGAUUAGUCUACUUGUAUUCAUGUUGAUAUUAACUUUCGAUCAAUGAGGCUUUUUCAAAAUGGGAGCCAGUUUUUACUUGUGCAAUUUUAGAUUUAUUUCUCAAUGAAAUCCUGCCAUAGAUGGGACACUAUUUUUGGACACUAUGUGUACAGUACAUGUACAAGGGUCAUAUAACCUUGUUAUUUUCUUCUUCCUGUUGUACUUAUCUUAAAGGG